AUGCCCGGCCGCCUUCCCACCGCGGCCGACUUCCCGCCCUCCGUGACGCUCACCAUCACACCUCGUACGCCUCACCCCAAUUGCCCUACUGGCCCACAGCUGACAAGCACAGCGCCCUCAUCCCAACCCCCCACAAACGUACUCAUCCUGCUCCACGGCCUCGGCGACACCCACGACGCCUUUACAAGACUCGGUGCACAACUCAACUUACCCGAGACAGCAUCCAUCUCCAUCCGCGCCCCGAAGCCGCUCCCCUUCCAUCUCGACGGCUUUCACUGGGGCGACGACAUGGUAUUUGACCAGCACUCGGGCGAGAUGGACAUGGACACCGGCUUCAAAGACUCUACACAGAUGCUUGAGAACGUGAUAAAUGAGGGCUUGAUAACGAAAUGUGGAUACACCGCGCGCGAAAUCAUACUGUUUGGCUUCGCGCAGGGCGGUAUGGUAGCGCUGCAAGUCGCUGCCUCGCUCGACCAGGAAUUAGCCGGUGCGGUCAGCGUUGGGGGCGGGCUCUCGCUUUCUGCGCCCCUUACUGCGGUUGGCAAGAAGAAUAGGACGCCUGUGCUUGUGUGCAAGGCGAGCCAGGCGUCCAAGGUGACGGAUGGCGCGGUCAAGAGGCUGCAGGAUACAUUUGAGUUUGCUGACGUGAAAGAGUGGAAGAGGACUGGAGAUGGCAUGAUGAGGAAUAGGGAGGAGAUGAUGCCGAUAAUGCAAUUCUUCGCGAGGAGGCUGAGGAGUAGGAGGGGCGUGCCUGAGGGCAGUGUUGCACUGACUUGA